GGCAAAACACAAGUGUAACAACAAAACAAAAGCAAAUAAGCAAUCCCCUUCUCAUCAUCAAAGCCUUGUUUUUCACUCAUCCAUCUCUUCUUCUCCACCCAAAAAACUAACCCAACCCCCUCUCUCUCUCUCUCUCUCUCUCUCUCUCCAUUGGUGGAGAGUCACAAGCCUAUCAAUGGAGAUCAUCACCUCUAGACCUCAAGAGAGAGAGAACCCAUCUCCCACAAACUCCCCCAAUACCAGCAGCACCAACAGCAAUGGAGUCCUCCACUCUCAAACCCCUCCUCUCACCCCAAAACCCCCUCUCUCCAGAUCUGAAUCCAACCCCUACCCAACAACCUUCGUCCAAGCCGACACCACCACAUUCAAACAAGUCGUCCAAAUGCUCACCGGGUCGUCGGAAACCGCCAAGCAAGCCUCCAAACCACCGUCCUCCGCCGCAGAUCCGCCGCCCUCCAAAUCCUACAUCCCACCAAUCAAAAGCACAGGUCAAAAAAAACAGGGAUUCAAGCUUUAUGAGAGAAGGAACAGCCUCAAAAAUGGCCUCAUGAUCAGCCCUCUGAUCCCUAAUUUGGGUCAGAAUUCUGGGUUUUCGCCGAGGAAGACGACGGCGAUGGAGAGCUUGUCACCGAGUAUACUCAAUUUUCCGGCGCUGGUUCUGAGUCCGGUGACGCCAUUGAUCGAAGACCCGUUUGACAGGUCGAUGGGGAGUUCUUCUUCGUCGUUGGCGGAGGAAGAGAAAGCGAUUGCGGAGAAAGGGUUUUAUUUGCAUCCAUCGCCGAGAACUGCGACUCCGAGAGGGUCGGAGCCGCAGCUCUUGCCACUGUUUCCAUUGACAUCUCCAAGAGUCUCAGACACUACUACUUGAUGAGAAAAUUGUUAAUUUGCGUGUAAUUUUAUGUUGGAUAGUUUGGGGAGAGGGGUAGAUAUUUGGUUGGGAGGUGGGAAUUAGGAAAAAAAUUUACAAAUAUAUGAGGAUGUAAAUGUAUCUGUGAUGAGAUGCAAAUGAAAGACGGUAGGGUGUAAGUGUCUCUUGCACCCCUUCCAUUCCAUGUAUUUGUAAUUUUUUUCCUCAACUCUCACUUACGUAUUCCCCAUAUUUGGUUCAAUGGUACAAUUUGAUCUUUCUUCUUCCAUUGUUCCAAAAAAAAAAAAAAAAUGGAAAGAUGUUGGUUUGGUC